AGCUUGACCUACCAAAAUCCACCAAAGCCCACCCAACCCCUUUCUAAAUCCCCACCUUCACGCCAACCUACCUUGCCUACCAUGGCAUGCCUGAAUUACACCUGCAUAAGGUACCGAAGCUACUAUCAGAUGGUUUCUAUUUUCUUGCCGAGCCGGCCUGGCUACUACCAUGCCACCAUACCCUACGGCCCCAUAGGCUGAAAGAUCGUGGUCCACUAAUUAAUAUACGAACCUCCUCGGUGGUCUUCUAAUUUUUCUUCUCUCCCUCUCUCCGCCUCUUCACCUUGCAGACCUCUAUCCGCUGUCUUGGGGUUUAACCAUUCGCUCAUUUGCUUGUCGCGAUUCACACUCUUUCAAAGCUCCGCCGGCUGAGUCUACCGUUCAUUUACCAAACAAAUCUUUUGUUUGUCCCUUCUUUCUUGGACUGGUCCCCCUAUCAGCGCUCAACUCGAGACUUCAAAUCACCGCCCACAGACUAUUCUGUCAGACAAUCCUUAUUAAGGGCUUGGUCCGGUGUUAGCAUUUAAAGAAUAUCAUUCCCUGAAACAAAAAGUUCUAGGCACUACAAUCAGUUGCCCAUCACAAUACAACAGAUACUUUGAGGCAUACGAAAAGGGAAGCAAACAUGAAGUACGCAACUGUUGGUGCUUUGGCCUCCGUGGUCGCCACGGCUGCGGCAGAGAAGACGGACUCGACCUUUGCUGUCCUCCAUUUUACCGGCCAGCACCAGUUCUUGACCGAAGGUCCUAUAGAUCCCGUCGUCAACCCUGGAACGGAAGCAACCCAUUAUCACAGUAUCAUGGGAGGUAGCAACUUCGGCAUUUCUACCUCGGGUGACGAUCUCUUAAGUUCAAAUUGUACUACGACUACCAUCAAGAACGACAAGAGCAACUACUGGGUUCCAUCUCUCUUCUUCCAAGAUCCCAAGGAUGGCACCUUCGAAAAGGUCCCCCUGUAUUACAUGAAUGUGUACUACUUCUUCGAGCCCACCAACAGCAGUAUUGAGCCGUUCCCCGUUGGGUUGAAGAUGUUGAGUGGUGAUACCAAAGCCAGAGAUCCUCCCAAAUUCGGAGGUGGAAGCAAUGUUGACCCUACCAGGGGCCCAAUCCAGCCAGUUCAGUGGACUUGCCCUAGACAGAGCUACGAUCCUCCAUCCUACCCCGUGGAUUCUGACGGAACCACGGCCGGUCUUCAGGAUCCCCAAAACCAGGGCGCAGGUGCGGGUUUCCCCCUUUACGACUGCGACGGCACCUACUCUCCCCUCCGUCAGGAUAUCCACUUCCCUUCGUGCUACAACCCAGAAGCUGGUCUUAAUGACUACAAAAACAACAUGGCGUGGCCUACCCCUGAGAACGGACUACUAAACUGCCCCGCCGGAUGGACCCACGUCCCUCACCUCUUCUAUGAGGUCUACUGGGAUACUCCCUCGUUCAAGGAUAGGUGGACCCCUGAUGGAAAGACCCAGCCUUUCGUUCUGUCCAACGGUGAUGCUACUGGUUACAGCUCGCACGGUGACUUUAUCUCCGGCUGGGACCAGGAAACCCUCAGGACUAUUAUCAACACUUGCAAUGUUGGCACUCUCGGCAUGGAGCACUGCCCCGAUAUUCCCGGUGGUGUCAACGACGACCAGGACUGCACGAUCGAGCCUGCUGUCGGUACCAUGGUGAAGGCUGCGCAGACUCUCAAGUCCCUCCCGCUCAACUGCCCGGUUACUGGCUGGGGCAAGGGUUCUUCCAGCGACUCUGGUUCCGACUCUGACUCUUCCUCGUCGGAGCAGCCUGCUACCUCGACCUACAAGGCAAGCAGCGCCGCCCAGGAAUCUUCUGCGCAAUCUUCGACCGCUGAGUCGGAUUCGGUCCCUACCGGAAAUGCGUUCAUCGAGCGACCCAGCUCAUCCACCGUGGCCGCAGCACCUGUUGUCACCGCCGCUGCAGUAAAAGAAUCGUCCGAGGAGAGCAAUCCCAAUGUUGCCACCGUCUGGGAUGUCGUAUACGUCACCGAGACUACCACUGUGCAGCCCGAAGCCACGCCUAUUGUCCGCAGACGCCGUGCUCCCGUACACAGCCAUGGCCACAUCAAGCGCCACCAGCACAACGUACACGGCCGCCGAUAA